CGUGACAACCCCAUCACCAGGCAGACCAGCCCCCAAGUGGCCACACCCUGUGCUUCUGUCUGUCCUCUAAGCACCAAGGUCCCUCCCUCUGCACAGCCAGGGCCAGAGGCAGAGACGCCAUGACCCCCAACCUCACAGCCCUGCUUCUCCUCGGUCUGAGUAUGGGCCCCAGGACCCGAGCGCAGGCAGGGACCCUCCCCAAACCCUCCAUCUGGGCUGAGCCAGGCUCUGUGGUCCCCCGGGGUAGUGCUGUGACCAUUUGGUGUCAGGGAAUCCUGGAGGCCCAAGUGUUCUUUCUGGAUAAAGAGGAACACUCAGGGUUCUGGGAUGUUCAUUUCCCAAAGAAGCCUGGGAACACGGCCAAGUUCUCCAUCACACACAUGACAGAUAGACCUGCAGGACGGUAUCACUGUUCCUGUCGAAGCCCCGCUGGCUUGUCAGAGCGCAGUGACCCCCUGGAGCUGGUGGUGACAGGAUUCCAUGGCAAACCCCAUCUCUCAGCCCUGCCCAGCCCCAUCGUGACCUCAGGAGGGAAGGUGACCCUCCAGUGUGCCUCAUGGGAGAAAUUUGACAGGUUUGUCCUGAGGAAGGAAGGAGAACCCAGGCCCUCGUCGACCCUCGACUCCCAGCGAGCCACCAGUGGGCAGUUCCAGGCCCUGUUUCCUGUGGGCCCUGUGACCCCCAACGUCAGGUGGACAUUCAGAUGCUAUGGCUAUUUCAGCAAAACCCCCCAGAUGUGGUCCUACCCCAGUAAACCCCUGGAGCUCCUGGUCUCAGGAGCAGCUGACACCAUCAGCCCAUCACAAAACAAGUCAGACCACAACACUGGAUCACUGCAGUCAGAGAGGAAUCCAAGAUGCAUCCAGCAGGAAAACUCAAGAGAGAACAAUGCAACGAUCAGAAUGACAGAAUCUGGGAAGCACAUCUUAUGUGCCCAGGAAUUUCUGGAAGAGUAUGUGAGGCAUGUGCUGUGGGAACUGUCAACAUUCCAUGUUGCCCAGACCAGUCCUCAUCCUCUGUGACAUCAUCUCCAACCUCCAAGGACUUAUUCCACAUACCACACGACAUAGUGGUCAAGUAUAUAUCUUUUGUCAUUAUUUAUUUGACACCCAUAACAUUCCCAGGACUAGCAAUGAUCAGAGAACAGGAUCCAUGUGAAUUUAGCACAUACUUUAGUAUUCAUGCUUGGUGCAUUGUGUGAAAUCUAGUUAACUUUUGUAUAGAUUCCUGGCAGGAUGGAUGGAUUCAGGAUUGAUUAUAAAUGGAAAGACAGACAGAAAAGUUUACCUCCACACAAACAUACACAGCAAUCUGCAAUAAAUUAACUCAGCAUCCUC